AGCCCACGAACAGCACUCACAGAGGGGGCUGCUCCUCCUCCGGCCCCCAACCUCCCCUCUCCAUCUCCACCGGUUCUCCUGUUCUCUCCAUCUCGCCCCCUCCCUCCUCUCAGAUCUCUGAGGCGAGAAGCUUCUAGAAGCCCUCGAGGCCCUACGCCCGCAACGAUGUCAGCGAGCAGCACGCCGGUGGACGCCUCGGGGGAACCGAUCCCGACGUCAUCGGUGCUGAUGGCGGCGUCCAAGCACAUAGCCGUGCGCUGCCAGCCGGAGAACAUGGCCUUCCUCAACUGCAAGAAGAAGGACCCCAAUCCCGAGAAGUGCCUCGAGAAGGGUCGCCAGGUCACGCGCUGCGUCUUCAACCUCUUGAAAGAUCUUCACCAAAAGUGCCCCAAGGAGAUGGACGCCUAUGCUGGCUGCAUGUAUUACUACACUAAUGAAUUUGACUUCUGUCGCAAGGAGCAGGAAGCUUUCGAGGGUGCAUGCCCCAUAUCCGAGUAGACCCUUGAGAGAGUUUUACCCCCAGUGAUCUUCUUCAGAAAUAAGGAGAAAAGCCGGCAAACCAAGUUCAUGGUCUCCCAUGUUUAUUGUACCUAGACAAUUUUUAUGGGCGAAUAGCAUGUCCUUGAGCUGUUCAUCCAAAUUUACUCGUCUUUCUCGUUCAAAAGUUUAACCAAUCAACAUCACUGUUUUGAGUUGGAUGCUGAAGUUGACUCGAGUGCAGUCCUAAGAUGAUGAAUUGAUGAUGCUUCUUUCUUUUCAA